UAGAUAAGACUGUAGAUUAUUUACAUGAUUAAUAUUAUUUGGAAAUCAUGAAGCUAUUGGUGAUAUUUGUUGUUUCUUCCUUAUGUCUUUUUCAAGUAUAUGGUGAAAGUAAAAUCUGUAAAACAUCAGAUGAAUGUGACGUAGGAGAAUGUUGUGCUAUACCACCAUUGUUUCCUCUUAUGAGUAGAAGGGCUGAAUUACUCCCUCCAAAACAGAAAGAUGGACACUGUAGAAAGUUCUUGGUGGAAGGCGAAUACUGUAAUUUUAUCAACAAAGCCAAUGCUAGAGACUGUGGAUGUGCUGAUGGUUUAUAUUGUCACUUCUACCCUGAUCCAAGAAUUGGUAAACGAAAAUUGGCUCCUGGUCGACGAGCUUGUGAAAAGGGACCAAAACCUCAAUAAAUUGAAAAAAUAAAUGUUC